CAUCAUCAACACACUAGCUACCUCCUCUACCUCAAUCAAUUUAGCUCUCUGUUUUUCAAUUCUUAAGAGAAGUAGUAGACAUGUCUACUGUUCAAUUUUUGCUUGCUCUUUUCCUAACUUGCUUAAUGGCAACUUCCAAGGCCAAUCUCUACGACGACGUCCAAAUAACGUGGGGCGAUCAACGUGGGAAGAUACUUGAAGGAGGACAGCUUCUCACACUCUCUCUUGACAAGUAUUCAGGUUCUGGUUUCCAAUCCAAGAACGAGUACCUAUUUGGAAGGAUCGAUAUGCAAAUCAAGCUUGUUCCUGGCAACUCUGCUGGCACAGUCACCACAUUUUAUUUAUCAUCUCAAGGAGCCAAUCAUGAUGAGAUCGAUUUCGAGUUCUUGGGCAAUGUAUCAGGAGAUCCAUAUAUAGUUCAUACCAAUGUCUUUUCUCAAGGGAAAGGCAACAGAGAACAACAAUUCUACCUUUGGUUUGAUCCCACGAAGACCUUCCACACUUACUCCAUUGUUUGGAACCGCCAACGCAUCAUAUUCUUGGUCGACGACAUUCCUAUAAGAGUGUUCAACAACAUGGAAUCGAGUGGAGUUCCAUUCCCAAGCAACCAACCCAUGAGGCUUUACUCAAGUCUCUGGAAUGCAGAUGACUGGGCAACCAGGGGAGGUCUAGUGAAGACUGACUGGACCCAUGCUCCUUUCACCGCUUCUUACAGAAAUUUCAUGGCCAACGCUUGUGUUUGGUCGCAAUCUGGUUCUUCUUGCGGCUCUAAAUCCUCAAGUGGCUUGCAAGACAGCGCAUGGCAAGAACAGGGGCUUGAUUCCAAGGGCAGAAACAGAAUUAGAUGGGUGCAACAGAAAUACAUGAUAUACAACUAUUGCACAGACUUCAAACGAUUCGCUCAAGGCCUCCCAACUGAAUGCAAGCGAUCCAGAUUUCUCUAGGAAGAAAUAUUACAGGCGACGAUCACCCUGAACAUUUAAUUAAUUCGACUCAAUUCAUGCAAUUCUUUGAUUCUUUCAUGUGCAAAAAUAUCACUGUAUUAUUCCAAUAAAUAUUCUCUCUUUUAAUUUCAAUAUCGAACUCUGAAACCAAUUUCAUCAAUCUUCACUCUGCUGAAGAAGAGUCAAUAAAAUCCUUAAUCUCCAAUUUCCA